UGUGUACGUCAGUUACGUCGCUACAGGAAAUAGGCGAAACAACACAACAUAGUAGAACGACGGUGUUUCUCCUGUGUAAGCCCAGCUCCAGUAUGAGUGGUGAUAAAACCAAAGUGGUCCUGCUGGCCUGCGGGUCCUUCAACCCCAUCACCAACAUGCACCUGAGGAUGUUUGAACUGGCGCGAGAUCAUCUGGAGGAGACAGGUCAGUACAGAGUGGUGAAAGGAAUCAUCUCUCCAGUCUGUGAUGGCUACAAGAAAAAGGGUUUGAUUGAGGCCUGCCACCGCCUGGAGAUGGCCAAAUUGGCCGUAGAAGACUCAGGCUGGAUUACAGUAGAUUCCUGGGAGGGCAUGCAGCCAGAGUGGUUGGAGACAGCUAAAGUUGUUCGCCAUCACUAUGAGGAACUGCUAGCAAUGGAGAACAACGAUGAUGUGGACACAGUUAAGUAUGCAAAAAAGAGGCGCAUACAAGACUGUUUUGAGAGUUCGUCUAAUCACAAAGGGUCAGAUGGUCUUCAGCUGAUGCUGCUGUGUGGAGCUGAUGUCCUGGAGUCCUUUGGGAUUCCCAAUUUGUGGAAGCCGGAGGAUAUCGUUGAAAUUGUGGGCAGCCACGGUAUGGUGUGCAUCACCCGCAGUGGCAGCGACCCACACAAGUUCAUCCACGAGUCAGACGUGCUGUGGAAGUAUCGCAAGAACAUCCACAUAGUCCGCGAAUGGGUCAGCAAUGACAUCUCAGCCACACACGUGCGGCGGGCGCUGCGUCGAAGUCGGAGCAUCAGAUACCUGCUGCCAGACAGCGUCGUUUGCUACAUCGGAGAGCACCGUCUCUACAGUGCUGAGAGCGAGAAGAAAAACAAUGAUGUGAUUCUAGCACCCCUUCAGAGAUACACGACGGCCUCCACGAGCUGAGGAUGCUGUGAAUUCAAAGCUAACACAUCCAGUUUAUUUAAGCUUCCACCAGUGCCUUCUGUAUAGAACACACUUCUCUAACAGACUGUUGUCAAUGAGUGCAUUUCAGUGAAAUAUUCAGACUUACUUGAAUGAAGGGAGUCAGUUUCACUUUGCUGUAACUCAGUGUGUGUGUGUGUGUGUGUGUGUAAAAGUACACGAGUCAAAAACAAAGUGACUGAACAACAGUUUAACUUUCUAAAUGCAGCUGCUGUGUAGUUAUUUAAAUAGAGAUUUUACAAUUCUGUAUGAAGCGAUCAACACAUGUCAGUUAGUACUGCAUUAAAUAUGACCAUGAACAAAUUCAUUUUAAUGUAGACUUGCUCUCACACAAUUUCUUUCCCUGUUGCUUCAGUAGACUCCUCUCAUCAGUUUUUGUGCCUAGAGCAGGAUUUUUCCGUACACUCCCUCAGGCAAACACUAAAAGGAGGCUAUAUGCUUUAAACACCAGUGCUGCAGAUUUGAAAGCGAAGGCGUUAUUUGUUUUACACUCUAAAUAAACCACCCGGUUUGUUUUUUUUUGCCUUGGAGCUGUUUAUUGCUGUUACAGUCACACUGAUGAGAAGCUUUGAAUAGGAAGUGACACCUUUGCUGUUUGAAUAAAAUGCUGUUUUGUGAACUUACAGUGUCUCUCAGACAAGCAUCACUAUCAGAAGACUAGAGCUGAAAUAACAAAUUGCAAAGAUUCAUUGUGAAAGAAGUGGCAAGAAAAUGAAAGUAUUUCUGAUUCCAUUACAGUAGUAUCAGAGUUAGUACUUUGUCAUCUUACGUUUAAUGUUGGAGUAAUUAUAUUAAAUUACAAGAAAAACUUGAUUAAAAAUGACUAAGCCUGA